AUGAAGGGGACCAGAGGGGACCUCAGGACCUGGGGGAACCUGGUGCUGCUGGGCCUGUGCAGCUGGACAGGAGCAAGGGUGGCUGCCCUCAACCCUGUCAGAAACCUGAGUGUGGAGGCCCAGACCACCAGCUCCGUCACCCUGAGCUGGAUAGAGCCGGCCGACCCUGACCCUAGUAACUACACCUACUGGAUCCAGUGGACUGCCAAUGAGACCAAAAGCACAACCAACACCAGUGUCAUAGUGGAUGGACUGCAACCCGGGUCCUUGUAUGAAUUUGUCGUGUGGGUAGAGAAGAAUGGAGUCAGCAGCUCCAACAAGACUUGCAACGCCACCACAGCUCCCAACCCUGUCAGAAACCUGAGUGUGGAGGCCCAGACCACCAGCUCUGUCACCCUGAGCUGGAUAGAGCCGGCCGACCCUGACCCUAGUAACUACACCUACUGGAUCCAGUGGACUGGUAAUGAGACCAAAAGCACAACCAACACCAGUGUCAUAGUGGAUGGACUGCAACCCGGGUCCUUGUAUGAAUUUGUCGUGUGGGUAGAGAAGAAUGGAGUCAGCAGCUCCAACAAGACUUGCAACGCCACCACAGCUCCCAACCCUGUCAGAAACCUGAGUGUGGAGGCCCAGACCACCAGCUCUGUCACCCUGAGCUGGAUAGAGCCGGCCGACCCUGACCCUAGUAACUACACCUACUGGAUCCAGUGGACUGGUAAUGAGACCAAAAGCACAACCAACACCAGUGUCAUAGUGGAUGGACUGCAACCCGGGUCCUUGUAUGAAUUUGUCGUGUGGGUAGAGAAGAAUGGAGUCAGCAGCUCCAACAAGACUUGCAACGCCACCACAGCUCCCAACCCUGUCAGAAACCUGAGUGUGGAGGCCCAGACCACCAGCUCUGUCACCCUGAGCUGGAUAGAGCCGGCCGACCCUGACCCUAGUAACUACACCUACUGGAUCCAGUGGACUGGUAAUGAGACCAAAAGCACAACCAACACCAGUGUCAUAGUGGAUGGACUGCAACCCGGGUCCUUGUAUGAAUUUGUCGUGUGGGUAGAGAAGAAUGGAGUCAGCAGCUCCAACAAGACUUGCAACGCCACCACAGCUCCCAACCCUGUCAGAAACCUGAGUGUGGAGGCCCAGACCACCAGCUCUGUCACCCUGAGCUGGGUAGAGCCGGCCGACCCUGACCCUAGUAACUACACCUACUGGAUCCAGUGGACUGGUAAUGAGACCAAAAGCACAACCAACACCAGUGUCAUAGUGGAUGGACUGCAACCCGGGUCCUUGUAUGAAUUUGUCGUGUGGGUAGAGAAGAAUGGAGUCAGCAGCUCCAACAAGACUUGCAACGCCACCACAGUCCCCAAUGCAGUGACAAGUCUUGGGACACAGGACCAGACCAAUAGCUCCAUCACCUUGAGCUGGACAGCUCCCCUGGGCCCAGAUCAACCUCCCUACACCUACGGGGUCUCAUGGGUCAAGGAGGGCAUUAUUGCCAUUAACACCCAGGACACCCCAGAUACCAGCAUCACACUGAAGGAACUGGAAGCUGGGAGCUUGUAUACCUUCACUGUCUGGGCAGAGAGGAAUGGAGUCAGCAGUGACAGCAGGACACUCACUGAAGCCACUGCUCCCAACAGGGUCACAGAUCUGCACAACGAAACUCAGAACAACAGCUCCAUCACUCUGGGGUGGAAGGCCCCCACAGACUCCCACUCUCAGACCUACACAUACUGGGUCCAGUGGGCCCCUGGGGGACAUCCCCAAGGAGAGCAAGACCCCCGAGAACAUCAGGCCAGCCAGAUAGGCAGAACCAAUGAGACUCGCUAUGAGGUACAGGCCCUGGAACCCGGGACCCUGUACAACCUCAGCGUAUGGGCAGAGAGGAACAAUGUGACCAGCUGGGCACAGAGCCUCCUUGCAUCCACAGCCCCGAGCCCGGUCACCAUCAUGUCCUGCAUCAGCACCUCUGGAGGCUAUGGGGUCAUCUUGACCUGGUCCUGCCCCCAGGGAGGCUACGAGGCCUUUGAGUGGCAGGUGGGUGGACAGGGGGACUCCCAGAACAGGUCCUCGUGUGGGAGGAGCGUGUCUGUUUCAGAUCUCAGGCCGGCCCAGUCCUACCCAGCCACCGUCACGACCAUCUGGGAUGGAAUGAGAGCCCCGUCUGUCUCUGUGACCUGCCACACUGACAAUGCAGGGGUGAUUGCUGGAGCCAUUUUUGGUGUCAUCCUGUUUCUCAUCCUGGUGGGUCUGCUGAUUUUCUUCCUGAAGAAGAGGCACAAUAAGAGCCAGAGGGAACCAGCACCCAGGGGUCUCGUUUUCAGCCUCUCAAAGGACAUCCUAGCAGAAGACUUUGCUGACCACAUCAGGAAAAAUGAGAUGGACAGCAAUAAUGGCUUCGAAAAGGAAUACCAGCAAUUGUAUCUGGAGAGCCACAACCAGUCUCAAACGGUGGCCUCAGCUCCUGAAAAUGGUGCCAAGAACCGUUACAGAAACGUGCUGCCCUAUGACUGGUCCCGUGUGUCCUUGAAGCCCCUCCAGGAUGAGCCAGGCUCUGACUACAUCAACGCCAGCUUCAUGCCUGGUCUCGAGGAUCCCCAAGAGUUCAUUGCCGCCCAGGGCCCCCUGCCCCAGACAGUGGGUGACUUCUGGCGCCUGGUGUGGGAGCAGCAGAGCCACACCCUGGUCAUGCUGACCAACUGUGUGGAAUCCGGCCAGGUGAAGUGUGAGCAUUACUGGCCUCUGGACACCAAGCCCUGCACAUAUGGGCAUCUCCAAGUGACCCUGGAGGGUGAGGAGGUGCUGGAGAACUGGACAGUCCGGGACCUGAAGCUCUGGCACAUGCAAGAGCAGAAGAUGCUACCCAUACGUCAGUUCCAUUACAUGACCUGGCCCGACCACAGCGUCCCCUACUCCCCAGACCCCAUACUGGCCUUCUGGAAGAUGCUCCGGCAGUGGCUGGACCAGACUGUGGGGGGAGGUCCCCCCAUUAUUCACUGCAGUGCUGGCGUGGGCCGCACGGGCACUCUCAUUGCCUUGGAUGUCCUGCUGCGGCAGCUGGAGCGUGAUCGAUGUGUGAGGCCCUUCAACUACGUGAGGAAGAUGAGGGAAAGCCGGCCUCUAAUGGUGCAGACCGAGGCCCAGUAUGUCUUCUUGCACCAGUGCAUCCUACGAUUUCUCCAGCAGCCAGACCAAGCCCUGACAGAAAAUGGGGCCGCAUAUGAGAACCCACUGUAUAAGAAUAUCUGA